AGAGAGAGAGAGAGAGAGAGAGAGAGAGAGAGAUAGGCACCAGUCUCCCGUUUUGUUGCACGAGGAGUCGCGAGGAGCCUCUGAUGACAGACAGACAGCGGAUCCGCUGCCUCACUGACUGCGACACCUGAACAAUCACCAAACCGAUGAAGGAGAGCCAGCUGUAGGCGAGAAAGAGGAGGAACGGAGGCUAUCCUGGAACAUAAAGAGGAAGAAAAAGAAGAAGAAGAAGAAGAAGAGGAAGAAGAAGAAGAGGAAGAGGAGGAGAGGAAAGCAGGGGGGCGGGGGGGACAGGCAGCAGUCAGCCGGCUGCCCGGGACACGGAGCCAGUCCAGGGAGAGAAAUCACCGCCACAUCACAUCACAGCUCCGAGAUGACAAAGUCCCAGUGAAGGAGAGAGAGAUGUCGCAGAAGAAGAUAUUCCUGGUCUUCGUUGCCAUCAGUACUGUCAGUCUUCUGCUGCACCAUGGGGGCCACUUGAGCUGGACCAUGGAGGCCUUCCACCUCGGUUGUCCUGCCCUCCGUUCCCACCCUGCCCCAGGCCUGAAACCUAAGCACACUAAUGUGGCCUUCCUCAAGACCCACAAAACGGCCAGCACCACCAUGCAGAACCUGCUUUUCCGCUUUGCAGAGCGCAACAACCUCACUGUGGCGUUGCCCGUGCAGGCCUGCAGCCACCAGUUCUGCUACCCGCGCUCCUUCACUUCUCACUUUGUCCACCCGCACACGCUACCGCCGAACAUCAUCACCAGCCACAUGCGCUUCAACAAGGCAGAGCUGCAGCGUCUGAUGCCCAAUGACACAAUAUAUAUCACAAUCCUGAGAGAGCCCGGCUCCAUGUUUGAAUCCUUGUUCAGUUACUACAACCAGUACUGUCAGAGCUUCAAAAGGGUCCCCAACGGCUCCUUGGAGGCUUUCUUAGAGGAGCCCUGGCGCUACUACCGACCCGAUGAGAAGGACUCCAUGUAUGCACGCAACACCUUGGCUUUCGACCUGGGCGGAGACAAGGAUCGCCCAGCAACAGAUGUGGCGUAUGCACGGGCCUUUCUGGCAGAGGUGGAGCGAGUUUUCUCCCUGGUGAUGAUUGCUGAAUACUUUGAUGAGUCAUUGGUUCUCCUUCGCCAUCUCCUCUCCUGGGAUCUGGAUGAUAUCCUGUAUGUUAAGCUCAACAUGCGGACACCAAGCUCAAAGCGGAGCCUGACACCAGGUCUUCCCUCAAAGAUCCGUGCCUGGAAUUCCUUAGACGCACUUCUCUACGACCACUUCAACGCCUCAUUGUGGCGCCAGCUUUCAGCUCUGGGUCCAGCCUGUGUGGCAAGGGAAGUGCGACUCCUUCGGCGAGCCCAGGAGAGGCUAAUGAGAAGUUGCUUCGGUGGGCGUAUGCCGCUUCUCCGGUCAGCCGCCCAGAUCAAAAACAAGGAUCUCCGCCCUUGGCAGCCUAGUGGAAAAGUCGACAUUGUGGGCUACGACCUCCCGGUAAAUCUCAGCCGUGGGUUCUCGAGCCAGGCCCAGGAGCUCUGCCUCAAGCUCAUCAUGCCUGAGGUCCAGUACACACGGGUGCUCCUACGUUCCCAAUCACUGCGCUACCGCCGAGGCUACCAGCUCCGGUCUCCACAGCAGUCACAUCCCCUCCAGCAGCCCAUACGUGCAGUCCUUCCUCGGCAUCCUCAAGUGCAACGCAGUCAACUGCCCCCUGCAGCCCCUGGCCCUGCAUCAGGAACAGGGUCCACCUCCACCUCAAAGCCCGUUGCAGGAACUGAAGGUCGGACCACAAAGUUAGGGCCUAAUUCCUCACAGUCCCAGGCCUCAUAGACUGAAAAAUAGAGACUUGAAUAUAAUCUGAGUGCCCAACAGACUGCAUUGUUGUACCCAUCCUGACCCUGAGAUAAUGCUGCUUGGUUGGUCGGGGGUGUUGGAAAUAAGGGCGUCCUUGGGAAAAAAGUCCGGGUUCCUAAAUCAAUGUCUCUCCUGUCCCUUCCAGACAGAGUUUGUGGUAAAAAUAAAUGAGUGUAAAGGAGGGAAAGGGGGUUAGACAUAUCUGGACAUGAACUUGAAUCUCUCCCCUCUCUGGUCUGUGAAAAAGUAUCCGGGUUGGCACACACAAGGGUGGGAGAAAUCUACACUAGGACUCGUCUCAAUUUGCACGCCUCUGCACGCCCAAACACAGCGGAGGGGAGAGGGUUUUAGGUGAAAGUGGUUCUUUGAAGCAAAUCUGUUAUGUGCGACCGGGACUCAAUAGGGAAGCGGCGAUAUCGGGCCUAUUGUCAGGCACAGAGUGGGCUUUGUGUGUAUCACACUGUUAUAGUAUCAUGUUUCUUGCUUUCAUUCUCUGUUGCUCGAGCUCUCUUUUGCUCUCUCUCACUAACAUAUGCCAUUUAAAGUCCUUGAGAGAGACAUAAUGACAUAAAGGGAUCAGCUGUCAGGCUUCCAAAAAGCCUCCUAAGAGGCCAGACAGACAUUGAGAUAACCUCAAAACCAUUAAUACAGCACAAUCAACAACUCUUCUCUUCUUCUUCUUCUCUUACAAACUCUAAAGCCUAAAGCAAUGGAGGGAGGGGGGGUUAAAAAGUGAGAUUGACAGAAAGAGAGAGACCUUACCCAGAGGGUAUGCCUAAAGACUGCUGGAUUCUCACACAGAGACUGAACACACACAUGAACUGUAUCCCUUCAGCGGACUACCCCUCUGGCUUCUUCCCUGCAUCCUUCUCUCCAUCCUCUCAUCCCUGCUGCUACCCUCUGGUCAGGCUCUUAAGCCAGAGAACAGUGCUCACACCUUGCUUUCUUCAACCCGGUUCACCCCUGAUUCCGGUCCCCCUAAGACCCACAACUGACAUCACAUGUCACAUUGUAGAGACUUUACGUUGAUUCAAGGUUUCUGGAUGUGGGGUUUUAUUUUAAUGUUGGGUGUUAUUGCAAUAAGACCUCCAGGCCUACGUUCUGUAUGAAAGGCAUGGAUUUAAUAACCUACCAGCAACCCCACGCCGCACACAUUGGCAAAAACAAAAACGUAAAACAACUUGACAGGACAAUGACUUGAAGCCUGUGGGUUUUGGCGUUUGAAUAUUUAAUCGUCUCCUCUCAUGGCCCUCCUAUGGCCCAUAUUCUUAGGUUACACGGCCGUACAUUUUCAUUAUGAAUACGAGGAAAGGGCGAGAGCUGCUCAUUCUGAACCCAGAAGCGCAGGAGGACAAAGCGAGAGUGUCGUUGUAUGAUGUUUAAAGCCUCACAAGGCUGGUGGGCCGGCUGGGUCGGCUGGGAUCUUAAAAUGUCAUCACUUAUCUCAGCUGUGAUCCAUUUUUAAUGCAUUCUCCUCAUAUUUAAUGUGUCAUUUAUGUUCUUUUAUUCCUAUGAUCAGCAGGGUACUGCUAAGUAACUUUGGGGCGGAGGAAGGAUGUCUGUGUGUAUUUGUGUGAGUGACUGUGUGUGUGUGUGUGUGUGUGUGUGUGUGUGUGUGUGUGUGUGUGAGCCAGGAAGUGGCUCUCUCUGCGUCAUGUUGUAUUUUUUUUCCAUGGCCAGCCAAGUUGGCAUGGCAACAAAAGGAAGUAAUGUGUGUGAGAUUUAUUAAGACUAUGUAUUAUUUAUUAUCGGGACAUGAAGAGUCCCAUUACUGUAUUUUUAACAGUUAUUUUUCAUGAAUGAAAAACUGUUCUUUGCCAUCCAGUUAGUGGACCCUCAUGUUCAGCAUACCACUUCAGGCAACAGAGAUGGAACAAGACAUGUGGCAAUGAUGUAAAAAAUUCAUUCUAUACAUGUUUUACAUAAUGCACAACUACAGACCACUUCUGAAAACCGCACAUCGAAACAAGUGUAGUCGCUUUAAAAUUAAUCUUUCAUUUAGCCGUGUUUAAGUGCUCAACCACACAAUGCUUUUGUGGUUGGAGUCUGUCGUGCUGUAGGUUACGAUAAUGAAAAACACACAAACCACUGCUGCUCUGACAGGAAUGAAAUGUGGAGCGGGAGGAAAGUGGUGGAUAAACAGUUCUAUGAAGUGACUGUGUAUGAAUAUGUGAAUUCAAAGUGUGCUUAUCUGAACAUACCGGGGAACCUCAGCUUUGAAAGCACGAGAUGCACAGCAGUUUUUAUUUAUUUACUGGUAUUUAGAAUGUGUUCAGAUAUGUGUAACAUUUCUUCAAGGUACAAACACUGUAAAAACGGCUCCACUCACUUUAAAGGAUAAGGCUGGCAUUUUUAUAUGUUUUUCUCACUGACAACAAAUCCCACAAAAAGACCAAAACCAACAAUGUGUACUGUCUGCCUGCCAACUUCCCUAUUCUGUCAAGUGCAUUGGUUCCUGCUGAAGAUGUACAUUUUUAAAAGCAGGUCACAAAUAUGUAGUUUAAUUAUUCAAAAAGGCUCCAUAAUUUACUAAAACUGCUGGGCACUAAAUGUUAAUCAAACAGUGGUCAAUUGUGUAUUUACAGCUGUGGAUGAAUAUACAUUUAGUGCAUAAGAGACUAUUUCUGCCAUUUUUUAAAUAACCUGCCCUAAUUUUUUAUAGUUUUUUUUUUUUUUUACAACAAUGGACGAUAUAUCAGGCUUUGACUUGCUAGUUGGUUCAAUUCAUUGCUGGGUUUGGUCUUUUCAUGGGAUUGGGUCACAGGCGGAGAAAUAUAGAAUAUCACCAACCUUAUCCUUUAAAUCAGUCUGAUGAUUAUGCUGACCCUCAGUAAUAUGUGAAUUAGUUUGAAUUCAGCUGCUACGUGCCAGAAUGCAUUUUGGCUUUGAGUGAAACUCCUGAAUUGCUUCAACCUGCUGUAAAAUGACAAGAAAAAACUAAAUAUAUGUGUUUGUCUGCUGCUCAUCAAACAUUUACUGAAACCUAAAGUGAUCAAUAUUAAAUGACUUAAAUAAAAUAAUAAAACAAUCAUCUGAAUAAAUACAGUCCAAACAUCUAAUCAUCAAUCAAAACUGUGAAAUAAAACUCAGCUGUUCACUUUUAUUUCAUAUCAAAAUGUCUCUUUUCAAAGCCUGCCUUUUUAUUUCACACCAUUUUUUUCUCAAUGACCACAGUCAUUUAUUGUAAACGAGACAAGACAAAAAGGACAAAGGCGGCGAAGUAAUUGGCUGUCGCUUGUGUUUGGAUGAUUAGAUGGACACAUUUUGGAGUAGGGACAGUUUGGAAUAAAAACUGUUGGAACGAAGUAAAAAUGACCAGACACAAACUGUAACUGUGAGACGAGGCAGGAUGAAAUAACAUUGUAUAACAAAAAGCUGAGUUUUAACAUUUGGUUGGAUUAUUUCACAAUUUCAUGGUUAUAACCUUAUUAUGGAGUUCAGGUACUGUCAGUACAAAUGCAUAAAUGGGAUAAUAACCUAAUGGUCAAAUGCAUAAAUCAAACUGUGGUAAAUACCGAUAAAUAAGCUAAAAAGUACAAUCAGAGUAGGUAUUUGAAAAUACUCUUCCUCCCAUGUGUGUGUCUGACUGGGAGCCAACCGAAAAAUAUUCUUUUAUUUCCCCUCAACUGUUCAUUUAUGAUCCAUUUCUCCCUGGCUGUGAGUCUCUCUAAGUGCUCUUUUGAUUGUACGAGUUGUUCGCCCGGCUGUUCUGCUUCUUGUGAGAGAGUUUCAGUAAUGGUCAUGCUGUCGUGUCUAAAGUGUCGGCUAUUCUUCACUGAAAAUGCCCGAGGGGCUGUAAAAACAGUAUGCUAAAAUCUCACCAUCCUCACAUUAGCUGCCCCUCCCUCUUUUUUUAUUUUUAGUGUGACGCAAAGCUUUUGUGUUUUUUUUUGUUUUGACCAGAAAAUGAAACUGGGCGUCUUUCUUUUUUGGGUCCCUGCUGAGAUUUUAUGUUGCAGGAGAAUAAAAUAGAAACAGUUUAUCAACAUUGGGUGAAAGUGGCAUACUUGAUAAUUCUCUCACUGUAUUUUCCUCUAUUGCCUCUUUAAUAUGCUCAUCAUCUAUUUCCAUCCUCUGUUUAUGGACUUAUCUGUGAACUGAGAAGACUUUUCUUUCAUUUUGGCGAUUGAGUUGAAGAGUUUGGGGUGGGUGACGGGGCUCUGAACAAAUGGCUAGCGACAAUCAGAGCUAGGGGCCCCAAAGCUUUGUAGUGAUGGGUGGUGAACGUGAUGAAUAAAGUUUGAAUGAUUUCAAUUCA